UCAUGAUAAUUCCAUGAAAUCUCUCUGCUUUUUUAUUUUUUCUAACACAUGGCUUUGAUUUCAAUAAUUUUCUGAUGGAUGAGAAAGUAAAAGGGGAGACCGAAUACUCUUCCACCUUGUAGAUUGUCUAGCCAGUUUUGGGAGAAAGAGAGAACCGAAAGCAGGCAGGCGGCCGUCAGUUCCCUAUAUCAGUCUUCUUCUUCUUCUUCUUCUACUGAGUCUUCUUUGAUCUUUCAUGGUGGAGGCUGCGGGGCGCGAAAAGAAGACUACCCAUUAUCUGCAUGAUAGAUUAUUAUAUUCAUUAAUAAAUUAACAAGAAAGUUUUGUUUUUUCUUUUCCAUCAACAAUCUUUCUUGCUCUUGUAGUAGUCUGGUUUUCAACCUACUGUUCUCAUGGAUGCUCCCAACUCUAAUGAAAAGAAGGUGGAAGCUCUCCAAGCGGAGGUGGAACAUUUGAAGAGAGCGAACGAAGCUCUUAGAUUAAUGCUUGAAGCAAUGAGCAGCAAGUGCAACAUGCUUGAAGCCUAUCUCCGAGAAUCAAGCUCGCAGCCAACAGGCAGCGUCUUAACGCGGAUUGGUUCAUGCGAUGAAUACCUGAACAAGAGACCCAGACCUGAAGUUCCAGCUAUGGAGAAGGCGUCACAGGUUUUUGUGAAAACGGACCCUAGGGACAAGAGCCUUAUAGUUAAAGAUGGAUUUCAAUGGAGGAAAUACGGCCAGAAAGUUACUAAAUAUAACCCGUCGCCUCGAGCUUAUUUCAGGUGCUCCGUGGCUCCUGGAUGCCCUGUCAAAAAGAAGGUUCAGCGAUGUGUGGAGGACAACUCUUUCCUUCUGGCAACAUACGAAGGACAACACAACCAUGAUGUUCAGUCUUCACCAAAGCAGUCUUUGUCUUCCACAGAAAGCUCUGCAGUACUCUCCACGACCAGCUCUCCAUACCCAGUUCUGAAUAAUUCUUUUCGACCGACCAUCACCCUCGAUCUCACUCUUUCAGGGUCCAACGUAGAAAACAGUUGGAACCCUCGAAAUCUUAUGCAAGAAACCAGCUGCAACGACCACGACAACAAGAGAAUUGAAGACUAUGUUGCGUCCUUAACAAAAGAUCCUAAUUUCACCGUAGCUUUAGCUGCAGCAGUUGCCCGCUCCAUCAACGGACUACGACCAUCAACCCCAUGAACUUCAAAAACUUUAAACAAAAAAAAUUGUAAUUUUUAAAAUGUGACGAGGGAUUGAGCAAAUACCAAAGGGUUUGUAUCCGUACUGGAAACCAGAUAAACAUUUUUCUGGAAAACUGCACUUCUUGAAGAUCAAUGUUAAAGUGCAAGCAAGGCAGCAUGCUGGCUACUUGAUGUUUCCAUAAACUAUUAUGCAUCUAAAAUAACAUGUCUUCAAAUCAGGUUAAGGUUCAGCAAAAACUUGAUCAAAUAUUACAAAUGUGAAGGUUAUCUUGAUAAA